UUCAACGUGGCCCAAUUUCUUAAAACAAACCGAUAUUCCAAACUUCAGAUCCAAAUCAAACCGAUAGAACUGAGUGCCCGAAUUGAGCAAUUCGAAACAAACCAAACCGAAAUUGAAUUUGGUCAAAUUUCUAAACCGAAUUGAACACGAGCGCUUUUUGAGAAUGUGAAAUUGAGCAGCAAUUCAAACACAAAAUUCAACAAAUUCAGAAGAACUUCCCACGGAAGAAAAAGCAAAACGAUGAGCGUCACUCUUUUGGUCGCAGAGGCCGUUUGGUCGAACAUUGAAUCAACCGGUUCAGUAACCGAAGAACAGCUCUCAAGCUUGCAUUUGUUAUUUGGUAAGAAUCUUGAGAAAGCCACCAGAAUAAUCGACAAGAGAGGUGUUAAGAAAAUCUCUGGCUUACCCAGUGGAAGAUCCAUCUUUCAGGUUGUGGGAGAAUCUCAGAAGAGAGAAGAGUAUCUCUGCUUCCCAGGAGAUUACUGUGGAUGUUAUUCUUUCUUCUAUGAUGUUGUUAGCAGAGGAGAGCACCAAUGUUGUAAACAUCAAUUGGCUGCGAGGUUGGCUUCUUCUUUGGGUACAUACAGUGGAAUCGAGGUUUCAGAUGACCAUCUUGCCUUGAUGCUCUCAAAGAUCUGAAGCUUUCAAUACAAGUACAUGUCUUAGGCUAUAUAUGCCAGUAACCUGGGAAUGAUCUGUGUCUUUGAGAAUUAUGCGGAUCAAGAUUCUUCACAUGUUUGAUGAACAAUGUUGCUUCGUCUUCUCUGUUUAACUUGCUGUAUAUAUCCAUCAACAAUGGAGUUAUAAGUUUUCUGGUUUGGUCUAAUUGAGGCGAUAGUUUCUCAAACAUUAGUAAGUACUAAUGAAGGUGUUAUAGGUGAUUUUCUUUAAAUCAAAAACUUUAGCAGCUUCCUCAUGGAGCGAGCCUUGUUUGCAUCUUGUAAGAGUGUUUUAGGUAAUUGUAUCAUAAGUCUUGAAUUGCAACAUUUUGAACUUCUUAAGUCAGUGGAAGAAAACUAUUAACUUUGUAAAAGUAGUAUUCAUGCAUAAAACUUUUAAUGACCCGUAUAACAAAGAUUAAUUAAUCAAAAAGCGUAGAAUAAACCACAUGGUGGUGGGCGAGUGGUUCUCGUUUGGUUGGAAGGAUCGCCCUGUUGGUCUAGGCCAGGGAUCGAUCCUCCCCAGACGCAGUUUCGCUCUCUCACUCCUGUGGUCACCUGGGAAUUUACCUGCGGACUUGCUCAGGCGUCCCAGACCACCAGUUUAUCAGGGUGCCCUUAAGUGGAGGCUUAAAAAUUCCUGUGACGCGGGCUUAGGCUCAGUGGGCUAGUCAGAUCACUGUGUGGUCUGGAUACUGGGUUAU